AUGCCCAUGCCACCCGCAGCCAAAGAGACUGCAGCUGCCUCGAUAGAUGACGCGCCCAGCGUAGGCACUUCUUUGGCCGUGAAGCGAUCUCAGGAAGAUGACCCGGGUAUGGCUUCUGGUUCUAGCAGUCAGGUGGGAGGUGAUAAGAAGAGGCAAAAUCGCGGAGAUGUGAGCGUCAUAGAUCCGGCAAGCACACUUGAGCAAGAAGUGAGUUCGGGAGAUACCAUAAAAGACGAAGUGGGGACAGUCGAGGAUGAUGCAGAGGAGAAUGGCGAGGAGCCCGAUUCUGGAGAAGGAGAAAGUGAUGAUUCUGAGUCCUCAGGACCGGGACAGGGUGACAUCAUAGAGCUUGACAGAGAGGACAUUAUGGAGCAACUAACCUCGGGAUCGUCUAUCUUGGUUUUGGAGACAACAUCUAACUGGAGAAGUUAUUGCCGAGCCAAUUUUUGCAUUCCACAGCUACUACGUGGUCGUCCAAAUAUUGAGUGUGAUUACCGCUUCAAUUUGAUAGAUCGCACUGGUGAACGUCGAAGCGAUAGGGCUUGGUAUUCUCAGCCCAACCGUUUCUUCCAUAUCUCGUGUAUCGAACAUCUGUUUGACCUCCGUGAAAUUCUUGAUCAAGGAUGGAUGAAAAUGGAAGGGGGAAUAUCCCUUGUUGGCAUUUUCGGAAAUACUGUCAAGGAGGAGAGAUUUCCCACGAUAGUAGAGGAAUGGUUUGAGAAUAAAGGUUCCGUUUACACAAUCAACGAAUACAAGGCAUACAAAAAAGCAUGUGAGACUCGGGAAGGGGAAUGGAGCAACCGAUGGAGCGAGCAUUGCAUAAAAACAAGCGAGGAUGAAAAGCAUGAAGAGCAAUGCAGCUGUGCCUGGGAAAUGCCAGAGAUUAACAAAUCGGAUUACUUCCCAGAAGAACGCACGCCUCGUUUACUAAGUCAAGUUCUCGCAUCUUUAGCUAAGGUUUCGCAAAUCGACCGCCUAACUGAAAACCUUCUGACUGACCUUAAAGAUAUGAGUGUCAAACAAGGAACAAAACUCCUUAAGAUUUUGCAUCGCCGUGGCUAA